CAGUUCUGCACAGUGUGGCAGCUCCACUAUCGCAUUCACAAUCGAUAAAUUGAUCGAUUAUUCUCGUGAGGGCAUGAAAAUGCAAAUACCCAUCUCUAUUAAGAAACAUAAAAAUCCAAUAAUCGCGGUUUUGCUACAUUUAUUAAUAGAAAUCAACUUUAAAAGUAGCUGUUGUCGUUAGUAUAAACUGUAAUCUUUUUCUUAAAUUGGACAAAAAUGCCUGAAGAAAGGCUAAGCAAGAAUUCUGUUGUACCCGAGGGGUCAAUUCCAAAAACAGCAAGCAACUCAAACUCGCAGAAUAAAAAACAGACACCCUUUGCGUCUGCGCAGCUAUCCGCGGAUGCAGAGAUGGAAGAUGAACCGGCAGGCCAGCCCGCGGCUUACAGUAUGCGACCAGCAUUUGGGGAAUCUUUUCCGUUGCCAAUCGUAAAAAGCAUCAUAAACAGCGUAAUGGCUGAAAAACUUAAGGACAAAAUAUACGACAAGGACGUUGCCAAAAUCUGGGCGCGUGAAAUAGCCGACGAAGUGAAUCAACAGAUUGCUGCGAGUCCCAAAGUCAAGCGUUAUAAGCACGUAGUGCAGGUGAUGAUGGGCCAGGAGCUGGGCGCCGGUGCCACCUACUUAUCCCGCUGCUGUUGGGAUUGUGACUGCGACACGUCCGUUACGGAGGUGUUUAGUAAUACGAGCCUGUUUUGCGUGUGCACCGUAUUCGGAACGUAUCAGUACUGAAGUGGAGCUGGGCAAACAACAGGAUUCUUUUCAUUACAGCAAUUUAUAAAUACCAAAGCUGGCAGCUGGAUCCAUAUGCGAAGGUAGCUUCUUAAUUAUAUUAUAUAAUAUAAUCUUUGACUAGUUACAUUGGCGCAAGAAAGAGGUGGAGAUGGCCAUUAAGUUUAAUCACCUUCUGGCACCUUGCUAUUUCGGUUAUUUGCCAUAAAUUUAGAUAUGUUAUAGUUAUCCAAGCGCUUGCUUACGUACAUACACGUAGACAAUUUUAUUUAUAACAAACGCACAGACAUUAGCACACAACAAUUGUGUUUAGAAAAAGUGAGAAUCAUUUAUAAAAGAAAACAAUUGCAUUAUUUACAUUGAAAUUGUACAACUUUGCAUGUAUGUAUGUUAGGCAGGCACCAGGAAGCGAACAUUGCUCCCAACUUCACUUUCAAUGCUG